UGGCGUAGUUAGUUAUAUUCUGGACGCUUGGAUUGCCAAACAAGGCGCUCAUCCAUCAUGUUGUGGGAAUUCUUAGCACUAUUUGCGAUCGCUGUCGCCUUGUUCUACCGCUGGGCGUCCGCCAACAAUGAUUUCUUCAAGGACCGGGGCAUCCCCUUUGAAAAGCCUGUUCUCUACUUUGGCAACAUGGCCGGUAUGUUCCUGAAGAAGAGAGCCAUGUUCGACAUAGUCUGUGAUCUCUACACCAAAGGCGGAAGUAACAAAUUUUUUGGUAUCUUCGAGCAGCGCCAACCCCUUUUUAUGGUGCGCGACCCGGAUCUUAUUAAGCAGAUAACCAUAAAGGACUUCGACCAUUUUAUCAAUCAUCGCAAUGUGUUUGCCACCAGCAGUGAUGAUGAUCCACAUGAUAUGAGUAACCUUUUCGGCAGCUCCUUGUUCUCCAUGCGAGAUGCUCGGUGGAAGGAUAUGCGAAGCACUCUGAGCCCGGCUUUCACCGGCAGUAAAAUGCGUCAGAUGUUCCAGCUGAUGAAUCAGGUGGCCAAAGAGGCCGUGGACUGUCUUAAGCAGGAUGAUUCAACCGUUCAGGAUAAUGAACUGGACAUGAAGGACUACUGCACCCGAUUCACUAAUGAUGUGAUCGCCUCGACAGCUUUCGGACUGCAAGUGAACUCGUUCAAGGAUCGGGAAAAUACAUUCUAUCAGAUGGGCAAAAAGCUGACCACGUUUACAUUCUUGCAGAACAUGAAGUUCAUGUUGUUCUUCGCUUUGAAGAGUCUUAAUAAGAUCCUUAAGGUCGAGCUUUUCGAUAAGAAAAGCACUCAGUAUUUCGUGCGUCUGGUGCUCGAUGCCAUGAAGUACCGACAGGAGCACAAUAUUAUUCGACCCGACAUGAUAAACAUGCUGAUGGAGGCUCGUGGCAUAAUCCAGACGGAGAAGAGCAAGGCCUCUGCUGUUCGCGAGUGGAGCGAUCGCGACAUUGUGGCCCAGUGUUUUGUGUUCUUCUUUGCUGGAUUCGAAACUUCGGCGGUGCUGAUGUGCUUCACCGCUCACGAGCUAAUGGAGAACCAGGAUGUGCAGCAGAAGCUAUACGAGGAGGUACAACAGGUGGACCAGGAGUUGGAGGGCAAAGAACUGACCUACGAGGCCAUCAUGGGCAUGAAGUAUCUGGAUCAGGUUGUUAACGAAGUGCUGCGAAAGUGGCCGGCGGCAAUUGCCGUCGAUCGAGAAUGCAACAAGGACAUAACCUUUGAUGUGGAUGGCCAGAAAGUCGAGGUUAAGAAGGGCGAUGUCAUCUGGCUGCCCACAUGUGGCUUCCAUCGUGACCCCAAGUACUUUGAGAACCCCUUGAAGUUCGAUCCGGAACGUUUUAGCGAUGAAAACAAGGAGUCUAUUCAGCCAUUCACAUAUUUCCCCUUUGGCCUGGGUCAACGAAACUGCAUUGGCUCCCGAUUCGCUCUUCUCGAGGCGAAGGCUGUAAUCUACUAUCUGCUAAAGGAUUACCGCUUUGACCCAGCCAAGAAGUCCUGCAUUCCACUAGAGCUCAGUAGUUCCGGUUUUCAGUUGACACCCAAAACAGGCUUUUGGAUUAAGCUCGUUCAAAGGAACUAAUCUUAUAAACCAUUAAACUAUAAUAACUUUGUUGUUAAAUGUUAUGUAUUAAAAAAUUUGACAUUAUUAAAUUUAAA